ACCCUCUCGUGGCGACCCUUCCACAAACCCGGCCUCCUAAGCCUCCCUAGGGCAGGUUACGCAGGUCCCUGCCUCACCAUCGCCAUGUGGCACAUGGCUUUCACUCAGAAACCCCUCUCGAGUUCACAGCAACCCAGCAAGACAGGCGGUGCAGGAAUGGCGAUAGCUCCUGCGGAGAUGAAGAGCCAGCGCUAAGGGCACAGUGACUGCGCUGCAUGGCAAGUCCCAGGACCAGGCCCCAGGUGCCACAGAGUCCAUCGAGGUUCUGGUCGGGGCAACCUCCUGCCAAACUACUGCCCUUUUCCAUGAAGGCGAAUGCCCUCACCCACCCCCCACACUAGGCCCUGUGGCCCUUCAGAGGCAGCAAAUGAUCAGACAGCUGCCUGUGGAGCUGCCUCCCUCUGGCUGCAGGCCAGCCCAGCCCAGAGCUGCCUUGUUCUCUCCCAGCCCACCCCCACCACCCCAGGCCAGCCCAGUACCAUCAUGCCUGCCUCACUGCAUCCCCUCCGGGCUGGUACACUGUCAAGUCAAAAACACCGUACCACAGGUGCAGGACCACAGGCUGCCCCCACACACGUCUGUAAGACAAGUCCCCUGUCCUGGGCAGACAGCCCCUUCUCACACCCAGAAACGGACAAUCACAGAGAGAUGCAGACACAGAGACAGAACACACAAGGCAUGUAACCGGAUACAUGAGGUCCCAAAGUGACAUGUCUGCUGUCAAGCAGGAACAGACACAGCACGGAGUUUCAAGGAGGCAAAAGGGAAGAAACCUAGACCUCUAAGCUGUGCAGUUACAUUCCUACACCUACAGCUACUCAAUCACACCCGGCCCAGUGCCACAGAGUCACUCCCAGACUCACAUCCAGGUACCCGGAACACCUGCAAGCACAUAUGCCCUCACGUCCAGGUAUCAUUCAGGGGCGCAGCCAGCACCAGUCACCCCCGAUUCAGGCACACGCAUCCCAGGGUCGCUCACAAUCCCACACCUACUCUCGCCUCUUCCCUCCCCCUCAUCCCAGGGCUGGUCCAAGAGUAGAACAAAAGCCCAGCGUCCCCUCCUCCCUUCCCCCUUAACUCUCCCCUCCCCACUCGCCUGGCGUCCAGCCCCUUUGUCCUCCUGCAGCUGAGCCUGAGUCCAGGCAGAGUGGCAGGGACAUUGAGCCCGGGCUGCUGGAGUACAGGCAGCAGCACAGACAGGAGUGGUCAGCAAGGAAGCAGCAGCUGCAGAGUGCCUGGGAGAGGUCAUGGCCAGGAUGCUGGAGGGCCCAGUGCCGGAGGAGUCAGAGCAGGCCUCCGAGACGCCGUGCGCGGGGUCCUGCCACGCGCAGCGCGUCCUGCAGACCCUCAAUGCUUACCGGCGGAGCGGCACCCUUACGGACGUGGUGCUGCGUGCGGGGGGUUGCGACUUUCCAUGCCACCGUGCCGCGCUUAGCGCAGGGAGCACAUACUUCCGUAGCCUGUUCAGGGCUGGGGAGCCACAGCAGGGCCUGACAGUGGUGCCAGGCGUGGGUCCGGCGGGGACCGCGACCGCGGCGGCGCUGGCCGUGGUGCUGGACUACAUGUACGGCGCUGGCGCGCGGCUGCGCACGGAGGAAGAGGCGGCCGCGGUGCUGGCGCUGGCCGAGCGGCUGGGCGUGGCGGGCCUGCGCGAGGCCUGUGCACGCUUCCUCGAGGGCCGCCUGCGUGCUGCCAACAGCCUGGCGCUGCGCCGCGUGGCCGCUGCCUUCUCGCUCGCUUCCCUGGCUGAGCGCUGUGGCCGCGUGUUGCGCCAGGCCUUCACCGAGGUGGCGCGCCACGCGGACUUCUUGGAACUGGCGCCCGAUGAGGUGGCGGCACUGCUGGCAGACCCGGCACUGGGCGUGGUGCACGAGGAGGCCGUGUUCGAAGCGGCCAUGCGCUGGGUGCGCCAUGACGCGCCGGCACGCCGGGGACAGCUGCGGCGCCUGCUGGAGCACGUGCGCCUGCCCCUGCUGGCGCCCGCCUACUUCCUGGAGAAGGUGGAGGCCGACGACCUGCUGCAGGCUUGCGGCGAGUGCCGCCCGCUGCUGCUCGAGGCCCGGGCCUGCUUCAUCCUGGGCCGUGAGGCCAGCGUGCUGCGGGCCCGGCCUCGGAGGUUCAUGGACCUGGCUGAAGUGAUUGUGGUCAUUGGUGGCUGUGACCGCAAGGGGCUCCUGAAGCUGCCCUUCGCUGAUGCCUACCAUCCAGAGAGCCAGCGCUGGACCCCACUGCCCAGCUUACCCGGCUACGCACGCUCAGAGUUCGCCAGCUGUGCUCUCCGCAAUGAUGUCUACAUCUCUGGAGGCCACAUCAACAGCCGUGACGUGUGGAUGUUUAGCUCCCAUCUGCACACCUGGAUCAAGGUGGCCUCACUGCACAAGGGCAGGUGGAGGCACAAGAUGGCGGUCGUGCAGGGGCAGCUGUUCGCGGUGGGUGGCUUUGACGGCCUGCAGCGCCUGUGCAGUGUGGAGCGCUACGACCCCUUCUCCAACACCUGGGCAGCAGUGGCCUCACUCCCUGAGCCGGUGAGCUCUGCUGCUGUGGCGCCCUGUGCCGGACGGCUCUACGUGAUCGGGGGCGCCGGGCAGGAUGGCAUCAGCACCAACAAGGUGCAGUGCUUUGACCCCAAGGAGGACCAGUGGAGCCUGCGGUCACCAGCCCCCUUCUCGCAGCGAUGUCUUGAGGCUGUCUCCCUAGAGGAUACCAUCUAUGUGGUUGGGGGCCUCAUGAGCAAAAUCUUCACCUACGACCCUGGCACAGAUGACUGGGGGGAGGCGGCUGUCCUCCCCAGCCCUGUGGAGAGCUGUGGCGUGACUGUGUGUGACGGGAAGGUCCACAUCCUUGGCGGGCGGGAUGACCGCGGGGAAAGCACCGACAAGGUCUUUACCUUUGACCCCAGCAGUGGGCAGGUGGAGGCCCAGCCAUCCCUGCAGCGCUGCACCAGCUCCCACGGCUGUGUUACCAUCAUCCAGAGUCUGGGCAGGUGACUCGCACUUGAGCCAGAAGGCAGGAGGGAGAACUCAGGCUCACCACGUCUCCCCCUCAUAGCACCUCCGUGUAAACAGCCUCUUAACUGACUACCCCUUUUCCUGCAGAAAUAAAACUUCCUUCAAAGGUUGGGUCUGUGUUCCAGCUUAAGCCUCCUUUGCCUGGAGAAGUAAUGCCCAGUAUCUGCUCCCUACUCUGACUCUUUAUAAAGCAUCUUCCUAUGUUACCUCAGUUUACUUUCAUAAGAGCAGUAUGGACGUCUUAUGAAAUAGUUCAUGCAGAAAAAGGAAAAAUAAUUUUGUAUUGUUUAAGAUUAUAAUAAAACGCAAAUCAAAACUACAGUGAGGUACCACCUCACACUGGUCAGCACGGCCAUCAUUAACAAGUCU